CGGGACGGCCGGUCCACCUGUGUGGGGCGGGUUGAUUGACAGGUGCUGGAGGGGGGGGCGGGUGCUGCAGUAAGCUCCGCCUCCCCCCUCCGGGCCGGCCUGACCACCUGUGGGUUGAAGGCUGUGGCCUGUCAGAGCGGGAUCGAGGUGGUGAGUGGUCGCACGGUUAUGGAGAGUAAACGACUGACUGAUCAGGAGCGGGACAUCGGGACCGAUCAGUACGGGUUCGUCCGGCAGGCGGGCCCGGAGCAGGUGUCCGAUUACGGCUCGGUGCUGAGACGCCGGGCGAUCAAAUGGCGCAAACUGCUGCAGGGCAGCCGUGUGGAGCGCAGCUUGAAAAUGAAACGCUAUAUCAGGAAAGGAAUUCCAAAUGAAUAUCGCAGUCUUAUCUGGAUGACUGUUAGUGGAGCCCAAGCACAGAUGGAAAAAAAUCCAGCUUACUAUAUGAAGCUGCUGGAAAUGGAAGAAGAUCCAAAGUUGAUUGAUGCUGUUAAAACAGACAUUAACAGAACAUUUCCUGACAAUGUACAGUUUCGCAAGACUGCAAACCCCUCCUUACAAGAUGCACUCUUCAACAUUUUAGUGGCGUAUGGAAACCACAAUAAAAAUAUUGGUUAUUGCCAGGGGAUGAAUUUCAUUGCUGGUUAUUUACUUAUAGUGACCAAGGAUGAAGAGAAGUCCUUCUGGCUGUUAGAUGCCCUGAUUGCAAAGAUAGUACCUGAUUUCUACACUCCGACAAUGAUUGGGUUAAAGACAGAUCAAGAGGUUCUGUCUCAGCUGGUAAAGAUGAAGGUCCCUGCAGUGGCUGCAUUAAUGGAAAGACAUAAUGUGAUGUGGACCUUGGUUGUGGGGCGAUGGUUCAUCUGUUUGUUUAUCGACAUUCUCCCCGUGGAGACUGUUCUUCGGAUUUGGGACUGUCUCUUCUAUGAAGGAUCUAAAGUCACCUUUCGUGUGGCCUUGACAUUAAUAAAGUACCACCAGGCUUCCAUUUUAGAAGCUAACAGUUUCCCUGCCAUCUGUGAGAAAUUCAAGGAAAUCACACAUGGGCCUCUGGUCCGAGAUUGCCAUGGCUUUAUGCGGAAAAUAUUCACUGAGCCUGGAAGGUUACCCCUGGCAACGAUCAUCAAGCUACGUGAGCACUGUAAGGCUGAAAUAGAUGCUCAGAGUUGAUUUGCGUUUCUCAGUUUUGGAACAUUUAAUACCUCAGGAACCUGAAGACUUCCUACAUUCCUCAAUUGAAAAUCUGGGCUGCAUUUACCUGACUGUUGUAUAUAUCUUCUUUCAGAAAAAGAAUUACCCAGUUAUUUUAUAUCUGCUGUGAAUCCAGCUGGAUCAAAAUGAACUACAACAAUAUUUGACAUUGUUGUUUCAGAUUUAAAACAAUAUUUCUAAAUGAAGGGCUGUUUGUACAUUGGUUAUUUCACAAUCUUAUUAAUAGUCAUUAUUUUCUCCAUCUGAAAUAUGAGCAUGGUUUUAACUUUGCAAAUGAGUUUUGAAUGAGUUAAUUUCUUGGCCAUAACUACUUUCAAACAGUUUGUUUUUUAUUAUACUAUUAAAUAAAAUUAUUCAAUGAGUCAGCAAAUGGAAAAUUUUCACAUCGCACAUAUGGUUGUUGAUUUCAGUAGUGUUUAAUCAGGUGUAACUAAAUUCUUGAUCAACUGCAAGAUCUUCAGGACUUGCAGUGUCUCUCAUUGAGUGCAGGAUGGAUCCCUGCUCUGGGUUCAGUGAUGCUCCAGUGUAAACUGACUCAUUCACUCACUCUUUCCCUCACUGUCACUCUCCCUCACUCACACUCUUUCUCUCACUCUCACUCUCACUCUCACACUCUCUCUCUCUCUCUCUCUCACACUCUCUCACUCUAUUUAGAUUUCUGCUGCACUCUGGGUCCAGUGACAUUCUGGCCCAAGCUGCAGUCUUGUUGUGAUUGAUGGAGUAUUACUCUAGAUUUGGUGAUGGUCCAGUUUAGGCUGCAGUUUAUCAUGCAGCAGAAGGCUUGGCUUCUGGUUAAGCAACACUCCUGCAAGAGCUCCAGUCUUGUACCCAGUGACAGUCAGAAUGUUGGUCUGUUUUGGGUUCAGAGUGUCCAGCGGUGAAGACAUUGCUACAUUUUGUAGAUGAGAUGAGUGGUUUUGGGCUGUGCCAGACAAUUUGCUGGCACUUCACAUCUGGAAAAAGCAAUAAUUGAAAACUGGCAGUUUUAUAGAUGUAGUGCUUGAUGUCGAGCCAUUGAUUUGUAUGUUUCUUUGCCACUGUGGUAUAUGUGAUUGUUUGUAACUCUAGAUUAUUUAUAAAUAAAUAGAAAUAUAUUUAA